AUGUACUGGAGUCGUGCCCCCGUCUACGGCGUGCUCCCAGAACACGGCGUGCGCGCACACAGCGUGACGCUCGUCGACAGCGUCGCCUGGCUCUUCGGCGGGUGCGACGAGCGCGGCUGCUGGCGAGACGUCUAUCUAUUCAACACCGAAACGAUGCAGUGGUCGCACCCAGACAUGCUCGGCGACGUUCCGCCGCCAUGCCGUGCACACACCGCGACGCUCGCCGACCGGCGAAUCGUAGUGUUCGGAGGUGGAGAGGGGCCGGUAUACUACAGCGACGUCUACGUGCUCGAUACAGUGACCCGGCGCUGGUCUCGCCCGGUGUUCCCUGAAGAUGCACCGGUGCCUCCGCCAAGAAGGGCGCAUACAGCCGUGCUCUACCAAAGCAAGAUUUGGGUAUUCGGAGGAGGAAACGGGAUGGAGGCGCUCAACGAUGUGUGGACGCUGGACGUGAGCGGGCCGACGGAGCGGAUGCGAUGGGAGCAGGUGGAGACGCGGGGGAAACGACCUGCUGCCCGAGGCUAUCACACGGCGAAUCUAGUAGGGAACGUGAUGGUGGUCGUCGGCGGGAGUGAUGGAAGGGAGUGUUUCCAGGAUGUGUGGUGCUUGGACCUUGACUCGUUGCAAUGGAGCCAAGUAAGGCUCGAGAUGACCCAUCGACGGCUGUCGCAUACCGCCACGCAGGUCGGGUCUUAUCUUUUCAUCAUGGGCGGACAUGACGGGAACCAAUAUACAUCGGAACUACUCCUAUUCAACCUCGUUUCGCUGACCUUCGAGCCACGGCCGACCGCUGGCAAACCGCCAUCGCCGCGCGGGUAUCAUGUUUCUUUCCUCGCUGACAGCCGGCUGUUCGUCAUUGGCGGGUUCAACGGAAGCGACGUGUACGACGACGUGCACAUCCUUGAUCUCGCCGGCGCGGCGUACCUCCCGCAGGUGACGAGCUUCAAGAUAGAGGUUCCGUAG